GUUUGUUUAAAUACCGGCCUCGGAAGUAUUGGCCCCAUUCAGAAUCAGCCUCAGCGCCAUGUUUCUUCUGACUUCAGUCUUGGUAGCAGUUGUCUGCCUUUUGAUGGUGUGGAUCUUUCAAAAUGCUGAUGGAGGCACCCAGAGGAGGAAGGGGGAGCCUAGAGCCAUGGCGGAGGCUCGCCCCUGGGUGGAUGAAGACUUGAAAGACAGCACUGACGUCCACCAGCUGGAAGAAGACGCUGACGACUGGCAAGUGUCAGAGGAAGAGGUGGAACACAUCCCAUUCUCCCACACCCGGUAUCCUGAGAAGGAAAUGCUUAAGAGAUCCCAGGAAUUUUAUGAACUUCUCAAUAAGAGACGGUCUGUUAGAUUCAUAAGUAAUGAGCAAGUCCCAAUGGAAGUGAUUGAUAAUGUCAUCAAAGCAGCAGGAACAGCCCCAAGUGGGGCCCACACAGAGCCCUGGACCUUUGUGGUUGUGAAGGACCCAGACGUGAAGCAUAAGAUUCGGGAGAUCGUUGAGGAGGAAGAGGAAAUAAACUACUUGAAGAGGAUGGGACCUCAAUGGGUUUCAGACCUGAAGAAACUGAGGACCAAAUGGAUUAAGGAGUACUUGGACACAGCGCCUGUUUUGAUUCUCAUUUUCAAACGAGUACACGGUUUUGCUGCAAAUGGCAAGAAAAAGAUCCACUACUAUAACGAGAUCAGUGUUUCCAUCGCGUGUGGCGUCCUCCUAGCUGCCCUGCAGAACGCGGGACUGGUGACUGUCACGACCACUCCUCUCAACUGUGGCCCCCGUCUGAGGGUGCUCCUGAACCGCCCUGCAAAUGAAAAGCUGCUAAUACUGCUCCCUGUGGGGUACCCCAGCGAAGAGGCCACGGUGCCUGACUUCGCACGGAAACCUCUGGAUCAGAUCAUGGUGACUGUGUAGGCAGGACACAGGCAGGGACGUGCUGGAAG